AUGGAGUUGCUCCGAGUUCCUGGCACUAAAUGGUGUGGCAAGGGAUUCUCGGCGACACGUUACUCUCAGCUCGGAGGGCACACAAGAACUGAUAGAUGCUGUCGCGUCCACGACUUAAGAUGCCCAUUCUGGAUCGGCGGCAUGGAGAAGAAAUAUGGAAUUUACAACUGGCGUGUCAACACGCUCAUGCAUUGCCGAUGUGACGAAAGCAAACGAGCUGACGGAUUACCUGAUGGUAAGCAAUCAGCGCCGCCCAUGGACACUCGCAACGGAGGAGUUACGAGCCCGAGCGUACGGCGCGUAGCGUUCCGCGCGCGCCUCAAAGAGCCAAUAGACCACCACAGACGGGGCCCUAAAGGGCUGAUGUUCAGCCGGGGUUGCGGGGUAAGCGCAAUAAGGUACCGCGACCUCGGCACAGAGCAGGAGAAGGAACAGGGGGGUUUUUAGUUCCGUGCGUGUCUCAAACUGGCUGACACAUCUGUGUCGAAUAUGGUGGGAAAACUCUUCUUCAAUGUCGUCCAAACCAAAUGCUUUAUUCUAAAGCCUGUGAAAAUGUGUACGCAGAGGUCAUGGUGGGGCAAAUGCCUCCGAAGAGGAUAUACCAAACAAGCCUUCUUAAGAGACAACCUUCCCUACUAG